AUGUUAUCAUCACCUAUCUCUAACCUCUUUGCGGCGUAUGUUCCUCCAGCAAAAAAGUCCAAGAUUGAGAUCUCGGUGUUGGUGAUCUUGACGGCUUCAUUGUCGAUCACAGUCUACCAGAAGUGGACCCGAGGUGGACUCUUGUACCUGCUGCAGCCCUGCCACAUGUCGGCCAUGCUCCUGAUCUCGAUCUUGGCUGGUCCCAAGGAUAAGAAGUGGCCUCAUCUCUUGCUCAACAUUUACUUUCACAUUAUGUGGGGAACCAUGCUGGCCUUGUUGUCCCCCGACUUGCGCGACUAUAAUCGCUUCUUUGAGGUCGAGAACUUUUUCAUCGAACACUACCUAUUGCUGUUGGCGCCUGUGUACAUGAUUUGGUCGAACCGUUAUGUGAUCUGGCCCCUCUCGAUGGAUGUCGCCCUCAUGUCAUUCUCGCUUUUUGCGCUCUACCAUUCGUUCGUCCUCAGUGCCAUGGCCUUGAUCAAGGGACAGAACUUGAACUACCUCCUUAUGCCUCCACCAGGUCCUUUGCAGGCAUUCGGAAAGUGGUACCGCCCGGUGAUGUACCUGUUCUGUGUGCUGUUGACGAUGACGCGUUAUAUUCUGGUCGAGGUCGUCAUCCAGCUCUUGCCUCGUCGCAAGAUCGUCCCUUCCGUGCGCGAGGCUGAAACUGGAGAUACCAAGCGCAAGAUUCUCUAA